AUGUGUUGGCUGCCAGUUUGUACAAUUGACCUUGUGGACGCAGUUUUCCAAAAAUGGUUGUUUCCUCGUGAGGUUUACGUGGCAUACACAUUUCUGGGUACUAUAAGCAGCGCUUUGAAUCCUUUAAUUUACGGCUUGCUCAACAAGAGUUUUCGUAAGCAUUACUGGAAGGUGCUGCGGUACAGAUGUUGCCGAUCUCAAACUGUCGUAGAACCGUUGGCUUGGCGCGGAAGGGUGAACGUUGUGUGUAGGGUACCAUUGCCUGAUGUACAGAUAAAUGCGAAUUGAAAAAACUGCUUCAAGUCAGUCUCAUCCAUUUUGUUUACUGUUCCAACUUCGUUACGAAACUAACGUUACUAAGGAAACUACAUGUAAUUUAAUUUAAAAAAGAUCACAGCUAAAUACUACCUGGGUGACAAACAAAUAUAUGCCCGUUUGUGUUUGGAAGAGGAACUUUUGACCGGGACUAGUUGAUCCCUUCAACAAAAUAAUCAAGUCUCUCUGUUCAGCUCGUACUAAGUUUGCAUAGUACUAUCUGGAUCGCAUUCUCCAGAAACCGCUGCCUCUCCUUUUUUUAUUGCGGCCAAAUUAACGCUGAGACGUAAGUCUUCUGCGAUUUUCUAAAAUCUUUCUUAAAUCUCGCUUUAAAUGAGCUUGAGUUGUCCAUUCAAUUUAAAACAAGGAGAGCAAUAUGAAAUUACAAGCUACUGGCCUGUGCAUAGAACUUUUAUAAUCAGAGUAAGGAGUAGAUACUAAAAAUAUAGUGUGAAAAUCAUGUCAAGGUGAUCCACAGAAGGUAUCAAGCUUCCUCAUCGAAAAUGAUUGGCUAAACUUUUUUCCAUAAAUUAAAUAUAAACUGAAUCGACCUGGUGCAGUUUAAGUCCGUCCUAACAGACGUUUUGUUUAGUCCCUUGGGGAACAAUCAGGUGUCACCAGGUCUCUGUCACAGAGGGGUGUGAAAGAUCAUGUCAUGAAGGAAAAUACCUUCGUUUUUAACUCGUGGAUGUACGCGAAGCGUGUUCCGCAAUGUUCCUCUCGUAAACAAGUAGUGUUGACAAGCAUUAAAGUUCACUUCACUUUUUCCUUGGGCUUAUCAUUUCAACUUUGAACAAUUUUGAAAUAUCACGAGUGAUAUUUAUGCCAAAUAUCAUGUAAAAAUCAUGCUGUAUUUGUCUUUACUACUACCCGCAAAGGUUUUGUAAAUUUCACUGCGGAUCCUUUAUCCCUUCAUACACUUGUGACAUCUCAUUGGCCGUUUAACAAUGCACCUUGCACCUAUCCCGUAGUCAUAGUGACCGUUGGGGCACCAUGGACCUAGCAACCCUUUCCCUCCAUUUGAUUUUGUUUUCAGCUUCUCUUAGGGCGUUGCAAAACUUCAACCCUGUCCAGACCUGAACAACAUUAUCCUAUUUAGCUAAUUAACUAUUCAUAACGGCAACAAUUAUAAGGCGUUAUAUGAGAAUUACCCUAUUUCUCCAUAAUUGGGCGAAACAUGCAUUGAAAGAUGACAGAACGCAAAGAAAAACAAAAAGACGCUAAAGGUAAGCUUCAAAGCGAUAUUCAAUGCAAAUUUUGCUAAUUUAGUGAGCAAAGAAUAUUUCUCAUACAACGUCUUCAAUUUUCUUGCUGUAAGAAUGAUUAACUAACUUAGAAGGGUAGUGUUCUCGGGUUCUUGGCAUUCUAAGAGGCCUGAAAAGAAGUCAACCCACAAAUAAACAUAAGAAAAUACAAAAUGCAAUCUUAAAAGGAAAAAGUGCAUGUUUCUCUCAAUUAUGGAGAAAUAGGGUAAUUCUCAUACAACGUCUUAUAAUUGUUGUCGUGUGAAUAAUUAAUUAGCUAAAUAGGAUAAUGUUGUUCAGGGUUGUCAUAGUGAGCUUGGGCUACCUCUGACGUUUAUGGCAGAAUCCACUUAACGUGUCGCAGAAACACCUGCCCCUCGUUGAUUAAAACUAAGCUAUAAAACUUUGAGCACGAGGACUGAAUAUUGCUAAAGGCAGUUGACAAUAGUCGAUCUCGGAGCUCAGCUUUAUAAGGUAUUAGUUUUAAUCAACAGUGAUUUGGAUACUGCCACAAGAGAGCUGCUGUUUCAAGAAAACCUAAAAGGACCACAGGUAACUGAACGUCACUUAUUCUUCUAUUCCACUUUGUGUAUUAUAUACCCAAAUAUCAAUUGUGGUUCUAUUUAAUCCUUAAUGUAAUAUUUGGACGGAUGAUUUUUCUAGAGUUUCUACUGCAAAAUAAUAGUAACGCAAGUAAAACACGAAAAAAGGUCGUAUUUUACGUAUGUUUACACGCAAUAAAUUUUUCAGUGGCAGAAAUCCAGUUAAACACUCUAGUCCAUAAAAUUAACCAGGUUUCCUAGUCGAGUUUUCUUUUAAAGAGGUUUUUCAUAGUGGGCGAGUUAAGACAUCCGCUGUAAUCCUUCCCCUGGCACAAUCCCUCGGCUCUUUCAGUGAACUCUUUUAACCCUUUGUGGCGUAUAUUUUUUCUUGCUAGCAGGAACUGAUUGACGCUUAAAAAAAUGGAUUCCACAGAGGACCAACUGGCAGUAAUGUUAAGAGAGUUUAAAUCAAGAAGGAAAGCCAAAGUUAUUGUGGAAUCAGGUUUAUUCGUUUUUAUUGUGUUCUUUCUGUUUGUUGGAAACUUUCUUACACUCCUGGUUAUGUUGUUAAACCGACGGAUGCGAACAAUAGCAAACAUGUUCGUAGCAUCACUCGCUGUUUCAGACUUAUUGUUAGGAGUUUUCCUUUCAGCGCCAUUAGGCAUUCCAACAUUAGUGACUUCUCAUUGGCCAUUUAACGAUACAACCUGCCAAUUUGAAGGUUACUUAACCAUUGCAUUGUGUUUCGCUUCGAUUCACACAUUGGUCUUGAUGGCAGUGAACAGAUAUUACAGAAUCGUCAAACCAGCAAAGUACCGCCACUACUUCACAAAGAAGAAAACCCUUAUCAUGAUACUUGCGACAUGGUUCUAUUCUAUUUGCGCUCCACUAAUUUACAUGCUACUUGGGAACAAAAUGGUCUUUCAUCCUUCAAAGUUCUUAUGUUGUAUUCCAAUCAAAAACAGUGCAUUUUUGGCCUACGGUAUUCCGCUUUACAUAGGGAUUCCAACCUGUGUAAUAAUCUACUCCUACCUAAGAAUCUUUACAACAGUUCGCCACCACGAUAGCAAUUUUCAUCACCCUGGCAAUCCAAUAAGCACGGUAAACGUUGAAGAAGUUAAGGUGGCUCGCACCAUACUUGUUAUAGUGGUGUUUUUUAAUCUGUGCUGGAUUCCAAUCUUAACAAUUGACUUUUUGGACACGAUUUUUCAAAGAUGGAUCUUCCCUCCCGAGGCUUAUAUCGCAUAUACGUUUUUGGGGACUAUAAGCAGCGCUUUGAAUCGCUUCAUUCACGGCGUGCUCAACAAGAGUUUUCGCAAGAAUUAUCUGAAUGUACUACGUUGCAGAUGCCGCCGAUCUCAAGCUGUC